AUGAAGGACCUUGGUAAUUAUUUAUAUCAUACAGCGUUCACCGGGUUUGUGGCUUUGCCCGAUCCGACCCAACGGUCGUUGGAUCUAUUCUCUGGUGGUUUUUUGAAGCAGUAUACCGGUGGUUUUAGUACAAAUGAAGCUGCUUUGCAAGGACUGAAAAACUUGUCCAGAGACGCCAUGCCGAUCUAUGAAUUCGGUAUAAAUUACAUAAUCAGUUUAUUUAAACGAGCUAACGGUUUUGCCCUUUAUCUGCAGUUACAUAAUUUGCGCGGAGAACGUUCUCGCACGUUUGGCGAGAUUUUGAUAAUGAAAAGUUCCGAAUCAUUCGAUGAAGCAAUUCUUAUUUGUUCUCUUUGUAUCCUACGUCUUAGAACGUUCAACAACCUCGGGAAACAAGAGUAUGUUAUCGGUGCAAGAAACCUGGCCAUCUCAAGAAAGAUUGUCGAAUUAAACCCAGUGGUGGAAAUUACCGUGAUAAUGGUGGAAAUAACCGUGAUAAUGGUGGAAUUAGCCGUGAUAUCGAUGGAAACUACGGUGAUUCGGGUAACAACUCUCGUACAAAUGAUGAUCAUUUCCGAAACUAUUCUAGAUAACAGAAAAGUUAGGAUGAACUUAGCGACCGUGGGCCGAGCAAAGGGCCAUUCUUAUGUUGACGCUCUUAUGCCGAAUGGAAGACAAUUGCCGAAAGUAUUCGUCGACAUUGGAUCUAUGAUUUGCUCCAUUGAUUUGGUAAAAGCACAGGAAUUUGGAUUGCUAGUAACUUCCUGCCCUGGCUUUGACAUCGCGUAUGGUAAUGGCACGAUCCAACAUACCGAUAGUUUAGCUGCUCAUAUCAAUUCUUCUCAGGAUUUAGCGCAGAUUACGCAGGAUCUGUCAAGUGAAUUUCGUGGAAUCACUGCAGUUGACGAACAACAAGCUUUAACUAACGCUCCGUACAAGCAUCGUAUUGAAACUGGCGGUUUUAAUCCUGUUGCUACUCGUGAUUAUCGCAGACCCCUAGCGGAAAUUGGGUUGAUUGAUGAAAUGGUGAUCGAGUAUCUGCAGAAACGUGUAAUUGAGCCUAGUGAUAGCCCUUGCUUGUCUCCUGUGGAGUUAUUGAUUGCCGACAAGUACCCAAUUCUUAGAGUUUCCCAAUUGGUAGAUCAGUUGAACCGUCAUAUUUAUUUCACUACAAUUGAUUUAAUUACUGGUCUGAAGAAUAUAAUGAUGUACUUGGAUGAUUAA